CAGUCCCCCCUCCGCCAUUUUGUAAGGAUAUAAGAAAUUCUAGCAGGUCUACCUCCCGUCUACGACAACCUGUAGUUUUGUUUAGUGCCAUGGACGGCCGCUUAGAGACUGAUUUGUAUCCUCUGGGAUCGAGUUACGUCACUGAAAUCGACAGUGUCCAUGAUAUAACCGUUGGCACAAAGAGGGGAUCUGACGAACUCUUUUCCUCCUGCAUACCAAACGGGCCUUAUAUAAUGACCUCUGGAGCAGCAAAUGGUAAUGACAGUAAAAAGUUUAAAGGGGACAUCAGGAGCCCAGGCAUUCCUUCAAGAGUCAUUCAUGUACGCAAGCUUCCAAACGACAUUAAUGAAGCUGAAGUCAUCGCUUUGGGACUUCCAUUUGGCAAAGUAACCAACCUUUUGAUGUUAAAAGGCAAGAACCAGGCCUUCCUUGAGAUGAACACUGAGGAAUCAGCCCAGACCAUGGUCAGCUACUACUCCUCAGUUACCCCUGUUAUCCGGAAUCAUCCAAUCUUCAUGCAGUAUUCCAAUCACAAGGAGCUGAAGACCGACAAUUCCCCCAAUCAAGUUAGAGCGCAAGCAGCACUUCAGGCUGUGAAUGCAGUUCAGACAGGAGGCAUGUCUUUGGCCAGUGUUGAGGGAGCCAGCAUUGGAAGCCAUUGUCCUGUGCUAAGAGUCAUUGUUGAAAACCUCUUUUACCCGGUUACUCUUGAUGUCCUUCAUCAGAUUUUCUCCAAGUUUGGAACGGUUUUGAAGAUUAUAACCUUUACCAAAAACAACCAGUUUCAAGCACUUAUCCAGUACGCCGAUGGAAUGACAGCUCAGCAUGCAAAGCUGUCUUUAGAUGGACAGAACAUCUACAAUGCCUGCUGUACCCUUCGCGUCAGUUUCUCCAAGCUCACCAGCCUUAAUGUAAAGUACAACAAUGACAAGAGCAGAGACUACACUCGCCCUGACCUUCCUACAGGAGACAGCCAGCCAUCUCUUGACCAACAGACUAUGGCCGCUGCCUUAAGUGCUCCUGGUUUAAUCUCCGCAUCACCCUAUUCUGGGGCUCAUGGUUUCCCACCAACAUUUGCGUUUCAGCAGGCAGGUCUGUCUCUGCCUGGCAUGCAUGCGGGGGCUCUCGCAGCGCUCGGCAUCCCCGGAGCCUCCGCGGCUGCAGCAGCAGCUGCUGGUCGUCUGAGUCUCGGUGGUCUUACUGCUGGAGGUCAUAGCGUUCUGCUGAUCAGCAACCUUAACCCUGAGAGCGUAACGCCCCAAUGCCUCUUUAUUCUUUUCGGUGUGUAUGGUGAUGUCAUGAGGGUGAAGAUCCUCUUCAACAAGAAAGAGAAUGCAUUGGUGCAGAUGUCUGAUGGGACACAAGCCCAGUUAGCCAUGAGCCACUUGAAUGGGCAGAAACUGUAUGGGAAAGCUCUGCGGGUGACUCUUUCCAAACACACCACGGUGCAGCUGCCACGGGAAGGCCAUGAGGAUCAGGGGCUGACCAAGGACUACAGCAACUCUCCACUGCACCGCUUCAAAAAGCCAGGCUCCAAAAACUACUCCAACAUCUUUCCUCCUUCCUCUACUCUGCACCUCUCCAACAUCCCACCUUCGGUUACGGAGGAUGAUCUCAGAGGGUUGUUUCUAAGUUCAGGAGAUGUGGUUAAGGCCUUCAAAUUUUUCCAGAAAGACCGUAAGAUGGCUCUCAUCCAGUUGGGCUCGGUGGAGGAGGCAAUUGAGUCCCUGAUCAAAUUUCACAAUCACGACCUGGGAGAAAACCAUCAUCUCAGAGUGUCUUUCUCCAAAUCCACCAUCUGAUAGAGUUGGUUGGACUGGGAGGCUGUUUUGUUUUAUAGAGAAGGGGGGAGGACUGUCACUUUAGACCUUCAACAGUUUAUAUCACUGUGGAUGAUUGUUUUCCACAACACACACUUAAUCAUUCCUUUUAUUAUAUCAAUAUUCACACACACACGUAUAUCUAUUCUACUUUGAACCAGUAGACCAGAAGAGUACUUCAACCCAAAACAAUUUUUGGGUUUUAAUAGUACUUUUCACAGACGGUUUGUGACACAGACCUAAUUUAGUUUCUUAUAGGCACACAUCAGUUUGAGAUCAUAGAUGCUGCGUAGUUUACACUUGUGCCUCUGCGGAAACCCGCACACUUUCAGGUUGCACACACAAAGCCUUUCUUCUUUUGUUGAACCUAUAAUUAAUAUUUGUAAGCUUACAUUCUUUAUGCCUUUCAAACAAGCUGUGCCUUACAUUGUGCUUUAAGUAUCCAUCUACACAAUGACCUUCUUGGUGUCUUUGAUGUUUUUGGCUCCGUUACUGGAGCCAGUAUCCUAAAACUUAAAUAUUGCUUCCUGCUUUCCCCAUAGCAAAAGGCAGCGAGCAGAGUUCUUUAAAGGCUUUGGUUUUGUACUUGAUUAUCACAGUAUACCCUUGUUAAUAUAGUUAACCCAUGUAUGUGGUUUUACUCCUUACUACUGUAUGCUAAAGUUUCAUUCCUUUUUAUAUUCAUGGAUAUUUCUAUACUGUAUCUAUAUGGGCAUUGGCUUACCGUGCUCUUAUUCUCAGUUUGAGUCUGCUUAUUUUUCCACUCCUUCCUAUUGACUUCCUGGUUAUGGUGUUUUGUUAAUUAUGACUCAGCUUGGAACCAAAUCACACACAGAGUUUGUAGCCUUUGAUUUUUGCAUCAUACUUUGUCAUGGUGCAUGUGGGAAAAAACUAUCAAAUUAAUUUUUUAACAUUUUCAUGUUUGUCAUUGCGCUAUUAGUCGCCUUUUAACGUGUAAUUUGAGUUAAUUACAAUUUUUCCAAAAGCUGAUGUUUGCCUGAACCGCGACGCCUGUGACACGACUUUUGACUGUUUUGGCACUUUUGUAUUUAAAGUGGGGGUUGUCAAUCAAUGUUAAGGCCAUGGUCUUUACAAUGCAUUUGUUUUGUUUGUGGUAUGACAUUCCUUUAUACCUUCCAGCUUGUACUUGUAUAGAAGAAAACGUGUUCUUUCCUUUUCUUUGAGCCUUUUUGUAUUCAAGCAGAACAUUGGCAUUCCUGACAGGUGUUGAGUUUGUUUUGAGUGGGGCAUGAUGGACCAAAGCAUCUUUUCUGUUUUGCCAGUUUUCUGGGCGGCAAUAUUCGGUUUUCUUGACCAGCUGCUUUGAUCCAGUGGGCAGGAGUUAAACAAAGUUUAUAGGGCUUAUGUGUAUAUUACCAUUUUGUUUACAGAACACCUUAAAAGAUAAUAUGACCGUUAUGGCUUAAAUGAAUAAUAAAUGAUUAUUUCUGUUGUUAGGAACAGAACCAAACAAAAGUCUUAAUUAGAGAUGUGGCUUCUAUUAUAUUUAGUUUUUCCUGUAUGUUAAGGAAAUGUUGAGUAGGUGACGGCUAUUGUAUAUAGGUUUUUUUGUACAAGUAAUUGAAAAUCUACAUCCGUUCUGUCUCAUGUAUAUUUUGAUAAGUAAUAACAGACGUUGGGCUCUCUGUAAAGCCUUCCUUUUUUAUUACACCAUAUUAAAGAGAUUACAACACGAUGUGUCUCAACAUGUAAUUGCCCACUUUAUAGUAUAAAUUCCCUUUUGAUCUUACUUUUUUUACUCAUAUGUUUCUAUCUUCAAUAAAUCUUUGUUUCUGACUUUCA